GUCCGAGUAUCGAUCAUACAUAUGGCACAGCUGAAGGUUACUUUAUGGUUGCCGAGUCAGCUUCCAAGCCAAAUAGUAGAGCACGACUUAUUUCACCUACUUUCACGACUGGAAAUACUGACCAGUGCUUCGAAUUCUGGUUGCACAUGUAUGGUUCGAAUAGCCAGAUGGGUCGGUUGAAUGUGUACAUGGGGGCAUAUGAAAAAUCUAAACUUUCGCUGAGAUCACGAGUUUGGUCAGCUGGUGGUAAUAACGGAAAUACUUGGUUCAGGGUUCAAAUCCCGAUACCUGCUGCAACAUCAUCCAACAUGGUUUUUGAGAGUGUUUUUGGCCCAGGAACUAGAAGUCAGAUGGCUUUUGAUGACGUCAAAGUUUUAAAAACAUCAUGUCCAUUUACAGGUGAUUGUGACUUCGAGAAUGGAAUAUGUGGUUGGACCCAUUUUCAAGAUGGAACUCAAUUUGAUUGGACACUAGGACGUGGAUCUACCAAGUCUACAGGCACUGGAGCUUCAGUAGAUCAUACCUUUGGCAAUUCAUCAGGUACCUAUCUGUUUAUUGAAAGUUCGGCGCCAAGAAAGAAAGGCGACGUAGCCAAAGUUAUAUCCCCAAUGUUUCAAUCCACAAGCAUUAAAGGGAAAUGUAUUCGCUGGUGGUACCAUAUGUAUGGAAGGGAGCUUGGAA